CGGAGCAGAGGCGGGGCGACCCGCCGCAACUUUGGAUGAACUUCUGAUUUGAACAAACCCAAAGGCGGUCGGCGGAGUGCACGGACGGCGGCGGACGCAAGGGCGAAGAACCUCAGAGGUUUUUCGGCUACAGAAUCUUUACAGCCUCAUCUCCCCCCCCCCCCCACUCUGCCAUCGGUUUUGUGUAUGUCGGUGCCUGACCAGCGACAGCGUUAUUUUGUCUCUAGAAAACGCCAAGAAGGUGGACAUUAAUAAAGGGAAGCCUCGUCUGACGACAGUCACACAAGCAGGGGAAACGGAGGCACAGGAUAAAGGUCAUUGUUCAUCACUGCUGGAUGGAGCUGCCUCUCUGUUCCAAAGGAAACUGUUACUACUUGAAGUUGGGAAAACUGUCAUCUGUUUGCAGCUCACCUUAAAGCUUUCAGACUGUGUCAUCUGCACUUCACCGGCCUUGACAAGAUACUGGGAUCAUCAUUGGUGGUCGGUCCUGUCCAGACUGACUGAGUUCCCUUAUGGCAUGAUUGCAGUGCAGACUGCUGUUUAGAGACUUGAGCUGUGAAAGCUCACCAUCAACACAUUUCUUGCCAUCAAGCUCAAGCUACAAAAAGCACCAAAUGUGUCUGUGAGACUCUUGUUCAGUGGGCAUUAUGUUGACCCUAAUCUAAAACCAUCAGCGCCCCAUCCCAACCUUUCCCUCCCAUCUCCCCUACCUGCACCCUUUCCCAUCUCCAUGAUGACUAGUCUGAAGCGUUCUCAGACAGAGCGCUCAGUUGGGGGCUCAGUGCCGGCUACUGAUGAGUUCUACACCCGCCGUCUGCGACUGCCCAAUGGUGGAGCGCCACCGCCCCGCAGCGAAAGCGCCCACAUCUCCUCUUCUUCCACCACCGGCACCAACCCCGGCGUCCCCAAGAUGGGGGUACGGGCUCGUGUAGCUGACUGGCCCCCAAGGAAAGAUGGGGGAGGAGGGGGUGUAUGGCAUAUUACCGUGGAAACUGACUCACCAAGCUCUACCAACACCACAAGCUCUUCAGGAUCAGGAAGUGGAGAUAGGGAAAGAUUUGGAGGAGGGGGAGGAGGAGGGGGAAGUGGAAGUGGUGGUAGUGGCGGUAGUGGCAGUGGAAGUGGAGUAGUGUCAGCUGUCACAGCCCACAGCAAUCUGUCAGCCAAGCUGGGCCACCUGAUAAGCCCACAGGACUCAUCCAUGCUGCGCAACAUCCACAACACCCUAAAGAGCAAGAUGCAAAGCAAGGGAAAGGACAAUCGUUUCCUGUCACCGGAUGGUUAUCUUGGCUCACCUCGCAAAGGCAUGAGACGCAUCCGCCAGCGCAGUAACAGUGAUAUAACUAUUAGUGAGCUUGAUGGUGACGGCAAUGAGGGCUGGUCUUUCUCAGGGUGGACACCCAUGCACCGUGAGUAUGGCAGCACUUCAUCUAUUGAUAAACAUGGUGUGUCAGGAGAGAGCUUCUUUGACAUGCUAAAGGGAUACCAGUCCUCUGAAGCCCCUGAUCAGCGAAGCCCAGCUCCAGAGAGGCUAACAGAACUCCUCACUGUGGCCCCCGUAAAACAGACUGCCCUUGACCUGCCAGAUGGACCUUUAGGUCCAGCCAGAGGUAGUCCUGCCAGUCGGCUGAAGGAACGAGAGAAGCACUUGAAGAGGAGGUCAAAGUCAGAGACGGGUGGAGAGUCUAUAUUCCGUAAGCUGCGCAGUGUGAAGGUGGAGGGUGACACAUCGAGGGCUGGUUCUGAUGUUGAAGAUGGGGGGAAAGGAGAUGAGAGUGGCCCGUCUCCCAAACCCUGGGUGUGCCAAAAAGGCUUUGCCCAUUUUGAUGUUCAGUCUCUACUCUUUGACCUCAAUGAGGCAAUCCAAAGUCGGCAGUCUGGGGCCAAACGCAAGAACACCACAACCGGUGCCUCAGCUGCUGCUGCUGCAUCUGCUUCAGCCACGUCCUCCCUCUCCUCCAAUCAGAGUGGAGUGUAUGGGUCACCCUGUGGCUCACAAGAGGAGUUGAGCAAGGAUGGGACGGGGGGAGGACACAGUACAAACCCUGCCUUGGACCCCGGUGAUGACAAGAGCAAUGAUCUGGUGCUCAGCUGCCCUUGUUUCAGAAAUGAGAUUGGUGGAGAGGGUGAGAGGAACAUCUCUCCUGUUAAACAGCAGGGCAGUAUAGGUAGUGGUGGGAGCUCAAGUAAUUCUUCUGGCAGUACAGAGGAAGGACCUUUGGAUGCCACUCUCACAACCCAUUUUACCAAUGCUGGUGUGGCUGUGUUGGAGGCCCCCAAGGAUGGGGCAAGCCAACAUGCUGACAGAUCCAAACGAUAUAUUGUGGAACAUGUUGACCUCGGCGCCUAUUACUAUCGAAAGUACUUCUACCUCAGAGAACACUGGAACUAUCUAGGGGUAGAUGAAAACCUGGGCCCGGUAGCAGUGAGUCUGAGGAGGGAGAAGCUGGAAGAACACAAGGAGCAUGGCCAGCAGUAUAACUACAGGGUCAUCUUCAGAACGAGUGAGCUAAAUACCCUGAGAGGCUCCAUCCUGGAAGACGCAGUACCUUCCACAUCCAAGCAUGGCCUAGCCCGAGGCCUGCCUCUCAAAGAGGUGCUGGAGUACCUGGUGCCUGAGCUGAAUGUUCACUGCCUACGCCUGGCACUCAACACACCUAAGGUCACUGAGCAGCUGAUGAAGCUGGAUGAGCAAGGGCUAAGUUUCCAGCGGAAGGUGGGGGUGAUGUACUGCAUGGCAGGCCAGAGCAGCGAGGAGGAGAUGUACAACAACGAAUCAGCUGGUCCCGCACUGGAGGAGUUCCUUCAUCUGCUGGGGGAGAGGGUUAGACUCAAAGGCUUCACCAAGUACCGAGCUCAGCUGGACACCAAGACUGACUCGACAGGCACCCACUCCUUGUACACCACUUACAAGGACUAUGAGAUCAUGUUCCAUGUGUCUACCAUGUUGCCCUACACACCCAACAAUAAGCAACAGUUACUGCGGAAACGUCAUAUCGGGAAUGAUAUUGUCACGAUUGUGUUCCAAGAACCUGGGGCACUUCCUUUCACUCCCAAAAACAUUCGCUCACACUUCCAGCACGUCUUCGUGAUUGUGCGGGCACACAACCCCUGUUCCGACAACAGCUCCUACAGUGUGGCGGUCACUCGCUCCAAAGACGUGCCCUCUUUCGGCCCCCCAAUCCCAGAGGGUGUGACGUUCCCCAAGUCAUCUGUGUUCCGGGACUUCCUGCUGGCCAAGGUCAUUAAUGCAGAAAAUGCUGCUCACAAGUCGCACAAGUUCCGGGCUAUGGCCACCCGAACACGCCAGGAGUACUUGCGUGACCUGGCUGAGCGCCACACCACUAGCACGCCCAUUGAUCCCUCUGGAAAGUUUCCUUUCAUCUCACUGGCUCACAAGAAAAAAGAGAAGAGCCGGCCAUAUGGAGGGGCAGAGCUGCGUAGCCUUGGGGCAGUGACCUGGCUGGUCCACGCUGAGGAUCAUGGGACCGGAGGGGAACUGGAGGCGCUUCUGGCAAUCUCCAAUGACUUUCUCAUCCUGUUGGACCAAGAGGCCAAGGCUGUGGUGCUCAACUGUGCCACUAAGGAUGUGAUUGGUUGGACGCUGAGCAGCCCUGCAUCUUUGCGGAUUUUCUAUGAGCGGGGAGAGAGUGUGUCUCUGAGGAGUAUCAGUAAUAACACUGAGGAUUUCAAAGAGGUGGUCAAACGUCUAGAGUUCCUGACUAAAGGCUGUGAGACAUCAGAGAUGACGCUUCGUCGAAAUGGCCUGGGGCAGCUUGGCUUCCAUGUGAACUAUGAAGGCAUCGUGGCUGAGGUGGAGCCGUAUGGUUACGCCUGGCAGGCAGGACUGCGGCAGGGAAGUCGAUUGGUAGAAAUCUGCAAAGUUGCCGUAGCAACACUGACCCAUGAGCAGAUGAUUGACCUCCUGCGGACCUCAGUGACAGUGCGUGUUGUUAUCAUCCCACCACAUGAUGACGCUACUCCACGCAGAGGCUGUUCGGAGCUCUAUCGGAUGCCUGUGUCGGAGUACAAGAGCAGCAGCAGCGAUAGCGGCUCCUUCGAAUACAAGUUCCCCUUCCGUAGCAACAACAACAAAUGGCAGAGGACGUCCAGCAGCCCUCAGCAGUCAUUGACUGCCUCGCCACAGCCCCACACGCCCAACCGGGCCAUCAGCCUGGGUAGCUCAGUGGGGAAGACCCUGUCAGCUGAGAGGCUGGAGAGGGGCGCGGUCAUCCCACGCAGCGUCAGCAGCGAUGGUCGACCCCUAGACACCAAAAGGAUGUCUCCAGGCAGUGAAAGCUACAGCCUGGCCUCUUCCCUGGCGCUGGGUCGUUCCCCUCACAAUCGAAGCUCUCCAAGCAACUUGUCCUGUUCCAGUGACGCCUCCGGAAGCUCUGCUCACUGGAGACAGAAGUCCAUGCCUGAGCAAUUUGCAGGCAACCGCCAUUCUCCGAUGUCUGCGGAGAGACGAGAGGUGGCCGGGGAGGGCGGGUCCAGUGGAAAAUCCACUCCCAAUUGGUCAAGAAUGGAGGACGGGGGAGGAGCAGAACGAGGGUCAGCAGAGGCCCCGGUCCCCAAGUCUGGUCAGGGCUACUCUGGAGCUCCUCGCAUCCAGAGGCAAGAGCAGGUCAUCCACCUGUCCCCGAAGAAGGGCAGCCAGUCUGACGGCCCUUACUCAGGUCACUCCAGCAGUAACACUCUAUCCAGCACAGCUUCCAGCGGGGGCCACAGCGACAGUGAAAAAUGGUAUGAAAUGGGAGCGGGUGGAGGGUCCAGCGGUGACCAGGGUGACACGGAGCCCAAUGGCCUUGGCGGAGGAGGUUAUCUCCAGGGGGCAUCAGCCGACAGUGGCAUUGACACCAGCUCUUAUGGAGCCCCGCACCAUGCCCACCCGCAUUCGCAUCAUGGCAGCACCACCUCCCUGCUGGCUCCCAGUGGAAGCAGAGAGAGCAGGGAGCGGUCAGUGUCUCCAUGGCACAGCCCCACCGAGGGGGGCCGCAGGAUGCUGGAGAGGUCGCCUGCUGCUGCUGAGUCCCCAGGCCCUCCAGGAGAAAGGAGCCUGGACGGGACAGGCCGAAGCCCACCUACUCAUCUCCUCGUUAGAGAUAGCAGCACCUACAGUCUGAGUGAUGCUGGAUCACACUCAAGUGCCAGGCACUCAGGCCACAGCUCCCCCAGGGAAGAAUCGUCAUCUCUGGCCACUUCUCCUUCAUCCCAGUCCUCUGUCUCCCCUGGGCCCAAGAGCUUCUACCCCCGCCAGGGAGCUCAGUCCAAGUACCUGAUCGGCUGGAGGAAGCCGGGCUCCACCAUCAAUUCUGUCGACUUUGGAGACACACGCAAGAAGUCUCCAGGAGAGAGUGGAGUAGAGGUUGUUCCAACCCCCGCAGCCAGGCCCUCUCUUCGGGAUAUGCACUCGCCCCAGCCUCAUGCCCAAUCUACUAUGGAGGAUGAUGUGAAGAGGCACAGUGCCCAAGACAGCCCCCCACCGUCGCGCAGACAUAAGGAAAAGUUGCAGCAUGGCCACAAAUCACAACCAGACCAGCCUCUUAGCCGCCGUCGCUCACUCCAUCGCACCCUGUCAGAUGAGAGCAUCUAUCGUGGACAGCGCCUUCCCUCCCUGAGCGACUCAGUGGCUGAACCGGCACUGGGCACGGAUGUGCUCUUCAGCUGCUCCACCCUCCCGCGCUCACCCACCACCCGCGGUGUGCCCCUUCGACGGCCCUCCUAUAAGCUAGGCGUAAAACUCCACGGUGACCUUUCGGCAUCUGACACCUCACUGGUGGAUCUGGUGGAGCGUCACCGUGGACCCCUCCCUCAGGAGCUGAUGCCCCUCCCUUCUUCAGACAGGGACAGCCCUCUAGAGUGGACACACUUGGUGGAUGUGGCCAGUACCUUUGAGAGUGAGAGAAACACACACUACGUUCAGAGAAGUUAUGUGUUUGCGGAUUCAAACCACCGGAGCAGUGGCGCCUCCAGUCCACAACAGCCUCACAUAGAGCUGCAGCCUGCUCCCAUGUCUCGGCCAUCAUCUAGUGAGGGUCACAUAGGGCUGGAGAGGAAGGUGACUAAACUUGAGGCUAUGGUCAAGAUGCUCCAGGAGGACCUGAAGAAGGAGCGUGAAGAAAAGGUGCGGCUUCAGGCUCAGAUCAAAAGGCUCUGGGAGGACAACCAGAGGCUGCAGGAGGACUCCCAGACCUCUGCUGCCAAGCUCAAGAAGUUCACAGAGUGGGUCUUCAAUACCAUCGACAUGAACUGACACACUCCGGCACAUUUUAACGCACACACGCACGCACACAACUUAACACAUCAGCCCACAGUCUGGAAGGAGACGCGGAGGGGGUCGACACUGACAAGAAAUUGUGCACAAGAAAAGUGGAGACUUGCUGUCAGACUCGUUUAGCCUGACGCCGAACCCUCCCACUAUCUUCCAUUGGCUUCAAACAUCAGGGGAUUUUAUCGCCAACCAGUCUCAGCCUCCACAGACCCUGUGUUAAACUUCUCAGGAUGAACCUCAAGAAAAAUGGGUGUUUAUCAGAUUAUGAAGAGCUACUCUGUGAUCUUGUUGUGCCAAAAUCUUUCGCUAAAUUUCCAACAAAGAGAAAGCUCUCCUUCCUCUCUCUGAAGACGUCAGAAUAAUCUUCUCAUCCCCCAGAGCACAUGCUUCUGUUUUUAAGGGAACUUAUAAUUGAUAUCUGGCCUUUUUUGUUUCCUCAUUGUUCCCUUUUUUCAACUACCUUUUCCAAAUGUUGCCCAGCUUCCCUGAAAGAUGACUCAAGUGUUUUGCGCCGAGGGUAGCAGAGACAUCCAGGUGACUUGUAAGAAGUAGUCUCUGAAAUGCCGCGCAAAGUCAGAGGUACGCAAUAAGUCUGCCAGCCCAGCCAUAAAGUGUUUGCUUGAACACAAACCAACACACGCAUAGUAAAUCUAAAGCCACAAGACCACUGAAAACAGGAGAGGAUUUCAUUUCCUUCAUAUGUAAAUGGAGAGUAAAGAAGUUUAGCACCCGUGUUUCCUCAAAGCUUAAACUUCUGAACGGUCAGUGUGGCUGUUUGUCCGUCAGCCAAUGACAUGGAGGCAGGUCGAUCUGCCUCUGCACCGGAGGAAAAUUUGGAUUUGUACAGCCAGUCUUUCUCACUUCUUCUCAUCUGUGUCGCUCAGAUCUGGAUUACAACAUCCUGUCUGUCUCAACAGCACAUUUAAAAGCCAUCGGCAAGUGGUGCCAUAAAACAAGACUGAUAUCCAGAGUGCUUUGGUCUAUCCCAGCUGUAUGUGUCUUAAAAGCAAUAGGAAGAAAUCAGGACUCCUGUCUUUGUCUCACAAAAAUGGAGAGUUUGCCCUUGGAGGACGCUUGAGGUGGGAAAAGAUGUAUUAAAGGUUAAACUUGUAAGACACCAAUCUCUGCUGCACAAGAACCUCCAUCUUUUUCCACUGACGAUCAUGCUUUGGGAAAAAAGGAAAGCGAGGACUCCACUCAUCAUCCCACUGUCUGGAAUACAGAGAGCCAGCUGAUAAUAAAUGACAGACAUUUCGGGAGGGAAAAGUAAAGGGUUUUUUUUUUUCCCAGGUUAAUUUAUUUCCUUGUAUUAUAAUUCAAAUAAAUAAGUUGUUCUAUUCGUACAGUACAACUGACAUCAGUGUUGAGUUCCUCAAGAAAAAGGUCACUAGCUAUAUUAUUUAAAUGGCUUUCUUUCUUAAUUCUGGCUAAAGCCUGACUAUAUGCUUUUUAUCCUGUAUUAUGUUGUAUUUUGUGGUGCCCGAGCCUGCUGUCGUGUUGCUUACAGUGCCCUCUUGUGAUGACCAGUGGAAAUGUCAUGAUUAUUAAAUGUGCCGCCAGUCACUGUAUUUUGGCAACAAACCCCUCAGCAAUCCGUCAGACAUCGACCUGCAGGCCACACCGACGCGCAGGACGGGAAGAAUAAUCCGAAUCUAGCUCUGAGAGACGAUCAGAGGUUGAUUUUUCAAUAAAGGGAGCAGACCUUAGGUGUACUUGUAUGUAUGUGGGUGUGUGUGUGUGUGUGUGUUGUCUGUGCUAAAAUUCAAAUGUCUAUAGUUUUCCUCAGGUUCAGUCUUGGUUGGGCAUGUGAGGAUCUUUUGAGAAAAUAAUUCAACAAAAAUUACUUAUAUGGCUUUAUAAAAUACCCAUGAUAAGAGAGAGCUACAGUACCUGCUGUACUAGUGGCAGUGUGUGUGUUGUCAGUGUGUGAAUGUACAUCAGUCUAUCCAUCUGUGCCUACAGUCACUUAUUUUGGUCAUUUACUCCCAGGCAGAGCAGGGACGUGCCUUUGAAACAGCACCUGGGGAACAGAUAAAAGGGAAUGGAUCUUCUUCCUCAUCCUGAAAAAUAAACACAUCUGGUAACACACACACACACACACGCAAUCACUUUAAACGCUUAUUAUUUUUAACCAACGACAUACUCACAGUCGUAGACUCGGCCUCAUAAAUGUUUGUCCGGGGAAACUGCAGCGAGGCUCCAGCCUUUCUCCUGUACAGAUGAAUAUUUUCACCGACCCACAAACGCACCAGGCAGCCUCCCGAUACAUGGCUGAAAGUGUGCUAAGUGCAGGAAGAGUGUUUGUCUGUGUGCCUUUUGCAUUCAGUUACAUGCAGCAUAUCAUUCAGACCAGCUGGCCACUGUAACAGGGGUGUAAAGGAAGAACAUUUUCCCAAAAAUCACAAAGCUACUUACAACACAAGCAGGAGCCACAAAGCUAUUUCCUCAGCCAGCUGUCAAAUGGGACUACAAGAGUGUUGGCUUUAUUUCAGGUCACUAACUUGAGCAUGCACAUUGAAACUGUUGUUCACAGUAGUGGCGUAAGCCUCAAUUCCCUUUCUUCGACCAUCAAAGCCCUUUUGAUGAAAAUACAGUCCCCGUUUUUGACUCUCUACGUAAAUUUGCAUCUUAAGUCGAUGCAAUUAAAACCCUGCAGCAUAUAGCACAGAGCGGCACCCGGUCUGAAUGUAAAGAGAAAAUAAACAAACCUAAAGAAAUGUGAUGUUUACUAUAACUGGCAUUCAGCUCUGCAGUAUUGCAGGGAGAUGAGUGGACGCUUAACAAAAGGAUGUAGAAGUGUUGGUUCUGUUUUAAGAAUCUCGUGUUCGUCACGGAUGGUAACUGCACCAGUGAACAGUCAAUAGCUUGAAGUAUCUGCUCGGUGAGAUAAUUUGGUUGUUUUAACAGUCUCACAGGUUGGCCGGUCGUGAAAAGCAGUCUGGUGGUCAUCCAGUAAUGUGAAAUCCGUAAAAUAUUCCCAAAACAUGAGUCUCAUAGGCAGAAAUGUUCCCGGUCCAUAACGUUUUGACUGUAAAUUGGUUGCCCUGAACACUGGUUUCCUGUCCGGAACUACGUAUGUCGAUGACUAUUAGGUAAUGAUUCGUAUUUUAUUGUACAUUGAAAGUGCUUUAGUUUUUUGGAUUUCAAAAGAAGUAUGGCCAAAUGACAAACUGUGCAGUGCAGAUGUUUUCCUAGCAUCUUUAAAAGUGUGCAUCAAGUUGGAUGUUCGAUACAGUUGUCAACCUUAUACAAAGACAUCAACACACACACACCAGUCCAGUUUCUUUGUUGUGAAUGAGCUAUUUCACAAUGUAGAUAGUUUUUUCAUUUCUUUUCUCGGCUUUGUUUUUGUUGCUUUGAAGAAGGAUAUGAGAAAUGUGAAUGUGCAGAUGUUCAAAUGUUCCAUUUUGUAAUAUCUUAUUUUUGAGAUUCUUUGCACAAUGUUUUAUAUAGAGAAUUGUGUUUACAGGUUUUGGACACAAGAAGUGUGAAUUGAUCCAUUCCUGGGCAAUCUUGUCUAGAUGUUGCUCCGUAGUUUUCCAGCCAGUGCAGUUCCUGACAAACAGAGGAAGGUGCUUGACUUUAUUCACUUCAACAACAAAAAAAGAACCUUCUUUUUCUUUAGGCAUCGCCGAUCAGACAGGAGCAGGCUGGAUGUUGCACAACACAAUUUCAGGAGGACCAUAUGUUUUGAAAAAAAUUAAAAGUACUGUUUACA